AAUUUACAACCAAAAUAGUUUUGAACCGGUUUCCUAGUCUUUCACUGUCGUUUGGUUAUAGGCAUUUUCAUACAUUGUCAAAAUUCCACUAAAAUUGUCUAAUUACACUAUGAAUCUCAUCGAAAAAAUAGAAUAUCUAGUGAAAAAAUAUUUUACAAUGUGCAUGUUCAGUUUAAUUAUCUUGUUAACAAUUAUUACCUUUUUUAAUUCAAGAUACAAGUGCUUGGCUAUUAUGUUAUUCUUAUUCACAAUUGGAGUAGCUGUUUUAUAUCUACAAUUUAAUGCAGCAAAUGAUGUUAAACUUAAUAAAACUGUUAUUAUAAUUGGAUGUGAUUCUGGCUUAGGAUAUAGUUUGGCAGUAUAUUGUCGUUCUCUUGGAUUUACUGUUAUUGCUAGUGUUCUUAAUAUUAAUGGAUCAAAUGCAAAGGAGUUACUCGAACUUGGUGUCCAUGUUUAUAAUUUAGAUAUUACUGUUAAAGAGAGUAUUCACAUUUUUGGAGUUUCUAUACAAGAAUGUUUAAGGAAUAACAAAUUAAUUUUGUAUGCAUUGAUCAAUAAUGCAGGAUUAAUGAUAAUUGGAGACUUUGAAUGGCAAACAGAUGAUCAAAUGUUGCAACAAGUUAACGUUAAUGUUAUAGGAACAAUGAGAAUAACGAGGGCAAUAUUACCUAUGCUUAGAGCUGACAAAGGUAGAAUUAUUUUUAUUUCAAGCCAUUGCACAGUAGAACCAUUACCAUCUUUUUCUAUUUAUGGUGCAACAAAAAAUAGUAUUCGCACUUGGGCCUCUGCUUUAAGAGUCGAAUUAAAUGAUCAAGGGAUUAAAGUUGUUUGCUUUGCACCAGGGUCAUUCUUUCUUCAAAGUAAUAUUAUGUCUCGUCAAACGGAAUAUUUUAAGGAAAUGGAAGAUUCAAUGAAUAUAGAAGUGUGGAAGUUUCACAGUAAAGUAUUUAAGAAAGUAGAAAAAUAUUUCAAUAAUGUUGGAGCUUAUGUACGACCACAAAAAAUAAUCAACGCUGUAUUAUAUGCUGUUUUUAAGGAUGCACUGUUAGACAAGUACCCAUCUCCAUUUUAUGAAGUCUGUCCAUGGAGAUAUACCUUCUAUCAUACGCUUUGCCGCUUCAGUCCGACAUUUGUUCGAGAUAUAUUAAUCAAGCAAUUUCUUCAAAUUCCACGUUGAAUAAUAGUAAUUAAGCAACAAGGGGACAAAUUGGGCUGCCUUUGUUUCCGUGUUAUUAUAAUAUUUUUUAUUCCUAAUGCACAAAAGUGUCCAUUUCAGAUAGCAUGGGACCAGCUGUUAUUUUUGUCCAUGGGAGCCCAUGGGAUCGAACAAAUAAAUGACUUUACUCCCUGUCGUCAGCUAUCUGAAAGCGCCAUUUUUGUGCAUGUGGGAUAAAAAAGUAUUUUGAUAUCAUGAAGUAGUAGUUUUUUGAUCGUCUUAUUUUCUAAAUACCCACAUACAGAAAUGUGAAUUAUUAUUAAUGAAAACUAGAAAAGAGGUUUGAUUUUUAUAACAAUUGAAAUUUAUAUAAAUGUUUUAAAUAAAUAACUUUCAUGUUUUAAAGUGUAA